UCCACUCACAUAACUAAAGUACCAAAAAUCCAUAACUUUUGGAGGAAAAAAAAAAAGAAAAAGAACUACCACAUUCUACAAACCAAAUAUGAGCUUCACCAUUUUAAAACCAUGGAUUCACUGUAGUUAUCUUCAACCUACCAAAUUCGGCAACUACCCAUCUUCAAGCAGCACCAGGCUUUUCAACAAUGGCUGCCAGCAGAUUGAUGAAGGCAACAAGAGUAAAAGAAGGGGAGCUUUUGUUAAAGUGAAUGCUUUACCAGACUGGCCUCUAAUGGCAGUUUUAGUUCAUCAUGUUCAACAACUUGAUGCCCAAAGAGAAAUUAUAACCAAUAAAUCUAUUUGGCAUCUUAGUGAUGAAGCCAUUAAAAAAGUUUAUGCUUUCUACAUUAUGUUCACUUGCUGGGGAUGUUUGUUUUUUGGGUCCACCAAGGAUCCAUACUAUGAUUCUGAAGUAUACAGGAAAGAUGGAGGUGAUGGUACUGGACAUUGGGUUUAUGAGAAGCAAGAGGACAUUGAAGAAUCUGCAAGGGCAGAGUUGUGGCGUGAAGAGCUGAUUGAGGAGAUAGAGCAGAAGGUCGGUGGGCUUCGAGAACUCGAAGAAGCAGGCCGCAAGUAGAAGCUUGAUAUUAUAUACAGAACCAUGUGAAACAUCCCUGUAUAUAUGUUUUAAAUAUGCAUCGACAGAAAAAGAUAAACUUCUUGAUGUUAUUUUAUUGCAAACAUUUUACAUGCUUGGCCUGAAUGAUAUUAUGGAGUAAAUUUGAGUUCUUGGCA